AUGAUUUCUAACGACAUAGCACUGGGGAUCUUUUUUCUCUCUCAGACUGCAUUUGGAGCACUGGGAAAUUCUUUUCUUCUGGGGCUUUAUAUCAUCACCUUACUCACUGGUUCCAGGAUUAGGCCUAUAGACAUGGUUCUCUUUCAACUGGCUUUUGUCAAUAACCUGAUGCUUCUCUCCAAGGGGAUCCCUCAGACAAUGGCUGCCUUCGGGCUUAAAAAUUUCCUUGAAGAUGUAGGAUGUAAGCUUGUCUUUUACGUUCACCGAGUUGCCAGGUGCCUUUCUCUUUCCAUCACCUGCCUCCUCAGUACACUCCAAGCCAUCAUCAUUACUCCUAGAAGCUCCAGGUGGACUCAACUCAAAGACAAAAUCCUAAAGUACAUUGUGGCAUUCAGUUUGUCAUGGUGGACCUUUCAUCUGUUGGCAAAUCUUUUGAUUCUUAUAUAUAUAAAAGGGCCAAAGAGAAGUAAGAACAUCACAGAAAUAAAGAAUUUCAUUUAUUGUUCUGAUUCAUUUCAUGGUUCACCUAAUAUUGCACUAUAUGUAUUCAUAAUCUCCCUUCCUGAUGUUGUAUGUGUGGGAAUCAUGGUCUGGACCAGUGGAUAUAUAGUGUUGAUCCUUUAUAGACACCAUAAAAGAAUCCAGUACAUUCGUGGCCAAAAUCUCAUGUCUACUGGCUCCCCUGAGGACAAAGCCACACAAACUGUUCUCUUGCUAGUCAGCAUGUUUGUCUCUUUUUACUCACUGAAUUCUGUCUUGGCAGCGAGUAUUCAUUUUUGGGAGCAAACUUCCUGGCUGAUUCAUACCUCUGUCUUCCUGGCUGCUUGCUUUCCAUCUUGCAGCCCUUUUGUUUUAAUUAUCAGUGAUUCUCAAGUCUUGAAGUACUACUUGGCGCUCCGGAGAAAGAUGGGGAAAGAUAAAACUCCAAUCCUGAAACAAUACUGA